AUGUCGCUGUUCUACAGCUACAUUGCGCGCGAUGUAGUGGAGGUGGAGCCGGUGUACUUCCCGGAGCGACAGGCCCCCGCCACUUCAUCAUCCUCAUCAGCACUAGCAGUGGCAGAAGAGGAUGCGGAGGAGCACCUUGGUGAGCAGCUGUACCAACCGACGUUCGAAGACAUUCUCAUGCACCGACUGACGGAGCGGUACGUGGGAAAGAUCGUCCCCGGCUACGGCCUCUGCGUCGCCGUGCACGACCUCCUGCAGUACACACCCGGUGUGGUUCGCGGCACGUCCGCCUCGGCGUGGCUCACGGCACGGUUCCGGCUGUGUGUCUUUGCCCCAACACCAGGGGCACGACUGCGCGCGACGAUUAGCGCGCAGAACCGUGACGGCAUUUUUCUCUCGCUGGACUUCUUCCAGUUUGUCUUCUUUGUGCCAGGCGACCUCCUCGUGUCGCCGUCUACAUACCACGCGGAGAAGAAGUGUUGGGUGCUUCACGUGGAGGCCGACGAGGAGGACGACACGGCGGAGCCGGCGCUAAACCCGUACGAGAAUGGCGACGAGGUGAUUGUCAAGGUGGAGCGUGUCAUUGUGCGUGAGCUUGUCGACUUCCACGGCAACGUUGGGACGAAGGGCGGCAGCAGCGGUGGGGGGGCAGCGGGGGGCCAGAUGGGCGAAGGCGCGUCAACGGCGCAGUCGCCGAUGGAAGUGCUCGGCAGUUUUGUCGGCACCGGCCUUGGCCCCGUGCUGUGGUUCGAGGAGUAG